CCCGGGGGUUGGCGGGCGGGGAGCCGGCUGCCGGCUGCCCUUCGCGGAGGGUGUGGGGUUCGCGAGGCCGAUUAGAGAGGUGCCGGGAGGCCCGGAGGCCUGCCGGGAUGUCUUGGAGCCUGGCGGCGGUCGCGGGCGGGGUGAGAAGGUCGCUUUCUUGUCCUCCUGGCUGAGCUAAUGACCCGAAAAUAUCUCUUGCCUGUGGUAACUGCUGGUCAGGACAUUGGAAAGUGAUUUUUUUGUUCUUGUAGUCGGUUUUUUUUUUCUAGUCAGCCUUUCUAGAGUUUGUGAUUCAGCCAUCUGCCAAAAGCUACCAUCUUGAGCAAAUUGCAUGUACUGCGCAGGGGAAUAUAUUUAGCUUAAAGAUUUGGGGCAGCCUGUGCUCUUGCUGGCGCUGAGAAGCAAACAGACUUGUAUUUGAUGUGCGUAGAUAGCCUGUUCAGUGAAAUGGCUGCAAUGUCUGCAUAGCUUGGUUCUACCUUCUCAGAAAGCUUAAGGUUACCCUAGUAGUAUUUACGGCAUGACAGGUAUUCACAUAUGCACCCCCGUAUCGGAACAGUACUAAAACUGAGGAAUCUGUCAGUAUAUCAGAAUAAAUGUCCAAGGAUGGUAGGGAAAGGUUAGGGAAAAGAGUAAAGGUUUCAGGAUCAGAUGCCUGUUUGCAUCUAAAGAGCCAAUGAAAGAGAGGGAUACAAACUACUUACCUAGAGUAUUUUUCCCCAUUUAUAAGUAGAUGCAGUAUUUCUGCAUUGUGGCUAUUCAAGGUGUCUGAUUCUAGUUAGUCAAAUCUGUAAGAAAAAUUGUCACAGUAAGCAUACACCAUCCAGAAGAGCUCCUGCAUAUCUCUGGGCUGUCCAGAAAUCAUUGCUGAUGAUGUGACUUCAGUGUACUUGCUCAGUUGGCCUUGUGUUGGACAGUACAUAAAACCUCACUAAAAGUGGGAUUUGACACUCUGAAUUUGCCUGCUGAGGCUGGUUCUCCAUGCUGGAGAGCAUUCUGCUGUAUGCUAUUGCAUUCUAGAAAUUGUCUUUCAAAAAGAGGCUAACUGUAAGGACAAAACCUGAAAAUACAUGAAGUUGAAGCAGGCUGAGGGGAUAGUUUUCUUUGGUGAAGACAACUAAGUGUGGAUCUCAUUUGAGAAGAACUUCCAGCCUCUUUUUUCACUGACUUCUCACUCAACAGCAGCCCCUUAAGACAUGGCCUCAAAAAGAGCAUUGGUAAUUCUGGCAAAAGGGGCAGAGGAAAUGGAAACUGUAAUCCCCACUGAUGUUAUGAGAAGAGCUGGGAUCAAGGUGACGGUUGCAGGCCUAACAGGAAAAGAUCCAGUGCAGUGCAGUCGAGAUGUCUUCAUUUGUCCUGAUGCCAGUCUAGAAGAUGCCAGAAAAGAGGGGCCUUACGAUGUCAUUGUCCUGCCUGGAGGCAACCUCGGUGCUCAAAACUUGUCAGAGUCUUCUGCUGUUAAAGAUGUUUUGAAGGAUCAGGAAAGCAGAAAAGGCCUGAUAGCUGCUAUAUGCGCAGGUCCUACCGCCCUUCUGGCACAUGGGAUAGGGUUUGGAAGCAAAGUCACAACGCACCCUUUGGCCAAAGACAAAAUGAUGAAUGGAGCUCACUACUGCUACUCCGAGAGCCGCGUGGAGAAAGAUGGGAACAUCCUCACCAGCCGUGGCCCUGGUACCAGCUUUGAGUUUGGGUUGGCCAUUGUUGAAACACUGAUGGGGAAGGAAGUGGCCGAACAGGUGAAGGCACCCCUAAUAUUGAAAGAGUGAAGAGUUGGUGUGGGACAGGGAUUAGAACAAUUUCAGAAGGAGAGUCUUAUCCUUUGUAGAAUAACAAAAAGAUGCACUGUUGUAAAUCCUAUUUAAUUGUGGUUGAAAUUAGCAGCAGUACUCACCUAUAUUGGGACGUCUUGCAAACUAAUGGUCUUUAUUCCUGGAUCCUGUUAGCAAAAAGCUUUAUCACUAAAAAGAAGCCAGCUUUUAAUAAUCUUAUCUCUUGGAUGGCAUUUAAAAAAUCACAUGGACAAAUUUUUAGUGAUAAAUAAAAAUGAAGCAACUCUG